GUCUCCUUUGCGGCUCUCAACUCAAAACGGGUAAAGCCAACGGUAAGGCGAGGAUUGCAGGCUGCAUGUGCAGCGGGUACCAGAGCGGGUACCGCGUGUGCGGCUUCCCAAAUCAUUGACACAACUGAAACUGCGUAUAAAGAGCCUCCACCCGAUCCUAAUUUCCCAACCCCACUCACAGCACCUUUAUCGGCAUCGAACGACUCCACUCCCUAAGUGCAGGUCCAAGUCUGCUGCCGUGGGUCUCAACCCUCGCAUACACCGCUUGUACAUACCACCACCUUCCGUGAUCGAGCAGCGAUGCCCGGCAGCUCCUCGUCCACGAUGUGGCGAAACGCCCUCCUGCUAUGUACCCUCCUCGCAGUCUCGCUAUCCUUCGUUCCAACCGCAGCAAGCUUCGCCGUCUCACUCAACUCGCCUCGUGUCUCCAGCCGGUUUGCGCCGUCCAUCGAAGACGUGCGUCACCGCCUCGCCAGGCGCGCAGACGAUUUGAACUGCAUACCAUGUGCGAGGCCGACGGCGGGGCCACCGGUGUGCAUUCCUCUGCCUCCAGGCAUGGGUCCCGGUAUUCCGCCACCGAACCCGCGUCCGAUCCCUACGGGAAGUGCGCCACCACCGUCGUCUUCGCCCGGCCCGACGACUGCGAAAUCCAUUAAGGCUGCUGCUGCUGCUGACGUGAAUGGUACUGAUAUUCCGGAUUCGGUUCUUGCCUUCAACAGCAAACUCCGAACCGUUAACGUUUACAACGCCAUCGGGGCCAUCAUCUUAAUCAUUACCGGAUUACUGUUCAUCUUCAGCGGUCAUAAGCUAUUCAAGCUGAUCCUCUUCAUCGCCGGUUUCUACACGGGAUCCGUCCUCGCAUUCAUCAUUCUCUCCCAAAUCGAAGCCAAAGGCCACUCCUUCGGCGACAGCCGCUCAAUCAUCUUCCUCGUAGUUGGCGUCGUCCUCGGUCUCAUCGUCGGCUCGCUGUUCCAAUGCGUGUGGAAGCUAGGCUUGAUCGCCAUCGGCGCCAUCCUCGGCUUCACAUUGGCCAUGUUCGUCCUCUCACUGGCAAAGAACGGUCUCAUCAGCCAAGGCACCGGCCGCACGAUCUUCAUCAUCGCCCUGACGAUCAUCGGCGGCGUGUUGGUACUGUUCUUCGAGAAGCCUAUCCUUGUCCUCGGCACAAGCGUCGGCGGAGCGUUCGCCGUCAUGUUUGGUGUAGACAUCUUCACGAAAGUCGGGCUCGUCGAAGCUUCCCAGCAGUUCCUAGCCGGCAACGCGCUAUAUGAGCCUGAUAAGUGGGUGUAUGUCGAGCUCGCCGCUUGGGCCAUCCUGGCUGUUGUCGGGAUCAUCGCUCAGUGGAAUGGUCUGCGAGGAGGAAAGUCUCACCACAACAACCACAAGGAUGGCUUCGGCGGAGCGCGCAGCGUGGGUCCCGCAAAGCCCGUAAAGGCGAAAGGCACACCAGAGGAGAAGACUGGUCUUAGGGCUGAGUUUGAGAAGAUCGUCGUAAAAGUGAGGAAGUGAAACCAAUGUCAUAAAUGCUGUAAAUGCCCUCGUCAGCGUUGCGUAGGCCCUUCGCCAUUUUGUAUCUAGCCUUGUUUAUGCAUGGGUCAUAGCCUUUUUCCCCCCAAUCCUCCACAUAUACCGCUUCCCGGAAGCUUUUUUUCAUCUGCCCUGGCAUUUGUUAGCC